AGGUGGGAAAAAUAUUUUUGUGUACAAGAAGGGAGCGUCUAAUGCCUGGAGAGGAAUCAUGACGGUUAUGCCUCUGAUUGAAGCUGGCAUUCACUGCCGAGUUCAUAAUGGGCAAAUGACGAGGUUCUGGCUUGACACUUGGAUUGGUGAAAAACCACUUUGCGAUUUGGUGCAAGACUUCGGCAGCGGACAUGAUCUGUACGCCACUAUUGCUUUACUUUGGAAUGGCUCUCGUGGGUGGAGUUGGGAGAAAAUUCCAAACCUCCCACCUAACAUUAUUUCUUUUAUGCAGUGUCGAGUUAUGGAGUUGGACACAAGCACCCAUAAUGAAUUCUACUGGAAGCACGAUCCUACAGCAGUUGAUCAUGAAUUCACUCUUAUUGUUGAUGGAAGCAAUAAAGUUAUGGCAAACAGGGCUGGGUGCGGCGGAGUCAUUCGUAAUAAUAGAGGAGAAUGGCUUGGUGGUUUUUCCUACAGAACUAGACCAAAUAACAUCGAGGAAAUCGAGGCUAAAGCCAUUGAGAAAGGCAUCCAAUGGCCAUGGGGUAGAGGGGUGAGGGAUCUUGAGUAUUUUGUUGCAUCUUUGCCAGAGUGGGAUUGCCAUCCAACUACUAGAUCUACCAAAUCUAGAUCUGCAUAAAGGUGACAAAUUUUAAUUUUUUUAGAUUUGUAGUGGGGUGUAUGUUUUCUUCAACGAGAGAUCAAAAAUAGAUCUGCACAAUGAAGGGGAUUGACAUGGCGGAGGGUUGCAGGUCUCCGACGACGGGAGGAUGCAGGACUGGGACGACGGGGGUUGUGACGGAGGGGGGUUGCGAUAGAGGGAUGUUGUGGAGGGGGUCGGUGAUAAUAACCAGUUAGGUCGUCAAAGGUGGUGUCAGAGAGGGAAGAUAGGCUAAGGGCACUGGAAUCUGGGGUAAAAAAGAUUUGCUAAAGAUAGGCUAAGGGUACUGUAAAUCUAGGAAAGAUAGGCUAAGGGUACUGUAAAUCUAGGGGGAAAAAAAACCAAUAACAUUUGCUAAAGAUAUCACCAUUAAAUGGAAUAGUACAUAUAACUUGAUUGCACAGAUUCUAAGCUACAAAGACGAACUUGCUGCAUUUCUCAAGAAUGAACUUCAUUAUAUGAUUCAAUUGAAUGAAUUUAUUAUUGUUGAAAACUUGAAUGCCGUAUUAGAAGUUUUUAAUAAUGCUACUCUUACUUUCUCGUAUGUUUACCAACCUACUACUAACAAAUUUUUUAAAGAGUG